AUGAGUGUGAUCUGUUUGCUGCUGCUGUCAACGAUGCCCCAGGCGGAUGGCCAGCAGCAGCAACUGAAGCUCAGAACCAGAUACCAGGCCACUCCCAGCCUGCACUACUACAACAACAACAACAACAACAACAGAUACACCUCCAGCCCGGCCCCCUCCCAGCCUGCCCACAACAGCAACAACAGAUGCACCUCCAGCCCCGCCCCCUCCCAGCCUGCCCCACAACAACAACAACAACAGAUACACCUCCAGCCCCGCCCCCCUCCCAGCCUGCUCUCUCACGAACCGGACGUCCCCCUCCCUCUCGCUCCCCCAAACCCUCCCAGAUCCUCCAGGCCCCUCUGUGGGGCUCAGUUCACUGCUAGCCAGGUGGGGGACCCGGGGGUGGGGUGCAACAGACCAUUCUACUACCAGGCCAAAUGGCAGCAGCAAAGCCAGCCCCAACCCCAACAGCAUGGUGGUCAACAACAAGACGUGCCUGCUCCUCAGUCAUCUGUGCUGGUCAAGACUCCUGCCACAGCAUUCAAUGACGUGUUGUCAGGAGCUCAGGUGACCCAGGGCGUGGCUCCAGCUGGCCAGCCUGGUCAGCAGUCAUUACACCAGGUGCAGGUGGGGGGGAUGGAGUCCGUGUCAGGUCUGAGUCAGAUGACCUCUACACAGCAGACUUUCAGCCCUGGUCUGGCCCCUCUACAAACACAGACUGCUGCUAUGAAGAUGCAUUUCAGUAUGGCUAAACCCAGCAAGGAAGCCAGGAUGUUGGAGCAGCUGAGGAAGCAGCAGGGCUCAGUCCUCCACCCAGACUACAGCUCUUCCUUCCAGUGCUUUGAAGACACCCUGACCCACCUGGUGCCUUACCACCUCUACCAGGGCACCGCCACCCCACCACACGACUACCACAGAGGUACACACACCCUGACCACCUGGUGCCUUAUCACCUCUACCAGGGCACUGCCACCCCACCACACGACUACCACAG